UUUCCGCUUGGCGGGCCACAGUCUCUAUGCGCUGUUCCGACCUAGGCCUGUGACCAAUUCUGCCCAGUAGAAUGAACUGGACUGCUGCCACGUGCUGGGCUCUGCUGCUGGCCUCCGCCUUCCUCUGUGACAGCUGUUCAGCCAAGGGUGGCCGCGGAGGCGCUCGAGGCAGCGCCCGCGGGGUACGCGGAGGCGCGCGCGGGACAUCAAGAGUGCGCGUGCGGCCAGCACCCCGCUAUGGCUCCACUCUGCGUGUGGCGGCUGCAGGGGCAGCCGCAGGUGCUGCAGCGGGUGUGGCUGCGGGCCUUGCCACCGGCUCGGGCUGGAGGAGGACCUCGGGGCCUGGAGAGCUAGGCCUGGAGGAUGAUGAGAACAGGGCAACUGGAGGCAAUGGAACUGACCGAGAAGUCUACAGCUACUGGGCCUGGACUUCGGGCUCUGGGUCCACGCCCAGCCCACGUAUUUGCCUACUUCUGGGUGGCACCCUUGGUGCCUUAGAACUGCUUUGGCCCUAGAUCAGGCUAGCUCCGGUCCCAGAUCGGCUCCUAGCCUGCAUCUUUGGGGCCCUAGGACCUACCCCAGUGGUCUCCAGAUCAGAAGGUCACUUCCUUUUGCUGACUAUGGUUCCCCCACCCAGAUGACAGUCUGGGCAUUCUGAAUCCGCAAGAUCUCUUGCAGUUUGUGGACAUUGUCUACUCUCUUGCCCAUCCCAGUUUCCCAAUCUUCCACAUUGGCAGGAACACCUUCACUGCCAGGAAGGCAGGCAGCACUCCACUCUCCAGAGCAGCCCAGGAGGAAGUACCAGGCCAUGCCUAUCUGCUUGCACUGAACACAAAAACAUGAAUAACCACCGAGAAGAGGCCAUCCUCAGAAAGCAAGCUGCUGGCAGCAACACACUUUAGAUGCCUACAGGUAGAUGGAGGUCCACCAUGCUGGGAUACCCUCUACACAUCCCACAGGCACCAUGGUACCAAUGGCUAGAUGGUGGUCCCCUUCCAGUGCUCCUCUAGCCUGUGAGAAGUUGAGCCUACAGCAGAUGUCCUGAGAUACAGGCUCUGAAAGUACAAGGGGAGAGGACAUUUCUGGGCUUUUCUAUUCCAAACCUCCUGUUGAUGUCUGUGCACACAUGUAUCAGUGAAGAGUUCAUUGUGAAAUAAAGUCCUCUGCUGGUAGCAAGCUUCUUCCUCAUUGCAGGACUUUGA